UGUUUUGUGUUGAGUGCUUUCGUACUCCUCGAGUUUUCCGCCUUUUUCACGCAAACUUUCUUCCGUUCUUCAGAGAAAUAUGUCGCAGAGCAGCAGUGAGUCACAAAUCGCGUGCAGUAUCUGUGAUGGCCACGAACAUGUGCUAGAGAACCCGAUGGCCCGACUGAAAGAGUUCAUGAGAAAUAACGUUCCGGGAUAUGAGGAUGGACCUCUGUGCUUCACCUGUUACAAUGUGGUGAAGAAGAAGCAAAACCCCAUACCACAUCUUGCGAGUCAGACCUCGACAAGUUCAGAUGACACCUUGGACACGAUCGUGAACCAAAGGACGCCGUUGUCACUAAGGCCCAUCCGGGUGUCUUCACAGGACUUCUUGCAGUACGGUUCCCUAUUGUUCACAGCACCUGACACCACUUCAACCCCCUCAGAAAGCGCUCCAAUGCCCAACUCUAGAAGAAUGAGAACAGCAGACAUUUCCGUCGUGCGCCAGCUUUCCCAGGAUUCACAUCAAUUGGCGAGCAGAGGAGUGUCACCCAACGAUCUGCCUCGGAACAAAGCGGGAUAAAGAAGCAAGAAAAACAGCUUUGUGCCAUUCAUUAAUUUAUUGAUACUUAAAAUUAAAUCAAUUGCGAUUAAAUUUAUAAUUGGUAAACUGUAAAUGAGUCUCAUGAGUUUAAACUUUCUUUCAAUUGAAAUUAUAGUAAGAUUUUGUUCUUGGUUUUCCUGAACUGAAUGUAUUGACUGAUAUAUAGUGUACAGGUAAUUUGCUGUUAAUAAAUGGCAAUUUUCUAAUCUUUUUUAUUCUUUUAUUCUUUUCAGUGACCAUCUUUCGCAAAUUUCCAGAAGUCUUCCAAAGUGAUGCUUCAAUUUUUAAAUAAAAUAAACAAAUUUCCUCAUUCUGGUCACACAUUCAAAGACUUUCACUUUCUCCAAAACCUUCUGUUGAAUUUUUUUUGUUUUAAAUUUCCUUUCAUUUGAAUUAAAGACAAAUAAAUUUUACAACCAAUCGAUGUUUGUUUUGAUUGUACAUUUGACGAGCAAAUUUCUUUUCUACAAUCGUCUGUUCACACUUUAGGGCUAAAUUUGCUCUUCUUGGAAUUACCAAAAGUCCUAAAAUGUGAGAAUCUCCGUGUUUUUAUCCAGGUUUGGCGCAGCUUUCUUCGCUGUUAAAUGUGCAUUUUACUUCCUCGGAAAUAUUAAGUCAAAUUUAACUUUGUCCCUCCUUAUGGAUUAAUAAUAAACAGGUACUUGAUAUUGUGCCUCUAGCACCUUCUAAUAUUUCCUUUUCUCUUCACCCACGCUGAUAUUUGCCUAUUUCUGUUCUGCAGAUACUUUUUCUGUCAUCAAUUUUGCUAACACCAAACCUCUUCCCCCUUCAAAUUUAUAAGUACAACUUUUAUUUAUUUACUGUGAAAUGUUUCGAUUUUUGAUUUCUUUCGGAAAAAACUUGAUUUAUUACACUCUUCUGGUCGAAUUUUACAUCAAAUUUAGAAUUGAAUUUUUCCAGAGCCAUUAAUCUUCAUUUCCAGAACUGCAAUUUAAGAAUUUCCUCGCCACGGAGAUUUCUUGUCAAUAUGCUGUUGUUGUUUUUUCCCUCUCAAUCGACGAUAACUUUGAGAUUCUUGCAAAUGAUGGUGAAAUGCAUUGAGAAAUUUCAAUUAAAUUGCUUCUAAGGCAAUGAAGACUCUCACUCCUUGACACUUUUGUUAAGCGAUGACUUCAUUUUUUUACUUGUUCAAAUAGCAAAAAUACUCUUCUGAUUGUUAGCCUAAAGUGGGAAAAAUGUGGCUAAUUUUGACUUUUUUUUCUAUAAUUUUGUGAGAAAAACUAUAUUGACAAAAGAUCCAAAAACAGACACUUGAACUGUCUUUUCUCAAUUUUUUCCAAUUAGUCUUCCCUUCUUAAAAAUUACACCCUUUACUACAUUGCUUGUGUCAUUUUUUCUUGUUUUUUCCUCCCUUAUCUUUCAUCACCCACUAACUCAAAAUUUCUCUCCCAUCAUACAAAAUAUAGCACAUUCUCGCACACAUUCAAUUUUACUCUGAACCCCCAAAAUUUCACUCACAAAGAUCUCUCUCUCUUUCUCUAAAUCAUACAUUUUGUUGAACUCCUCUCACGACUUCAUAUUAUUUCUCUCACAAAUAAACAUCAACUAAAAAAGAAAUUCUUCUACUUUUUACCCCUUGACGUCUUAAAUUUUAUCAUAAUAGAAGAAUUUACACAUCAUUGACCCACAUAUAAAUGUCUCCUCUUCAAUUUAUAAUUAUAUACUUUGUUUUUCUUUUUUUUAAUAAGAAAAAAGGAUAUUGAUUCUCUCUCUCUCUUCUCAUUCCCAUUCAUACACACGGAAAGAAGGCGUUUAAAAGUCUCGCAGAAAGAGACCAAAAAUUCUCCUAUAAUUUCUUUUCACGAAUUUCAUCUUUUGCUCUUACAUUUGCCAUUUUGUUUUCUCUGUAUUUUUUAACAUUUGCAUGAUUUUACGUCUUUUCUCGUUCUGAACUCUUCAAUAAAUUGUACAAUUAUAUGUAUACUUGGUAGGUAUAGAGGAUAAACUGAUAUUUGAUUUUUUCUUCAUAUCAUAAUUCGUUAUACUGUGACAAUCGAGCAUUGAUUAAAUUAUAGGAAUUACAAAUAUUACAUUUAUACCUUAAAAACAAAGUACGAGGUCUUUAAGGAAGAAUAUAAUGUACAAAAGAAAAAGAAACAGGGUGGAUAAACGCAAAGAAAAAGAAGUGAAUAGGGGAGAUACAAUGAAAUAUAAAGGUAAACCUAAUAGUUAUACAAACGCUCUCUCACAUUCUUUUCUUCCAUUCAUUCUCUUCAUACUUCUUGGCAAUGUAAAUCUGGUUGUUAUUUUGCUUUGUUUUACACGUGUGAUUCCUUUCUCUGCACUCUGUCUAUUCCCACACCAUCUCUCUCUCUCUCUCCCUCUCGCUCUCUCUCUCUCAAUAUCCUCUUUCUGAAUACAUCUCUACAGAUCUCCUUGUCAAGUCUCGCAACGACAGAACUGAAGAGGCGAAAUUUCUUUCCAUUUGCUUUCUCAACAUUUCUUCACAAUUCCUUCCUCCUUAUUUUGCUAACAGGAAAAGAAAAUCUACACUACAAUUUUAUUGAUUUAAUGCAAUUUUUCAGCCAUCUUAAAAAAAUUCCCCUCUUCCCUUCUGUCGUGCUUCCAUCAAAGCUUCUCACGCCCAGAAUGAUUUUCCAUGGGAAUAUUCCUCAUUAUCUCUUCCAUCUGCUGACUUUUUCAUCUCUUAUUACAUAGUUAUUUUCACUUAAAAUUUACUUUUGUAUAUUUUUUGUUAUUUACAAGUCUUAUAUAUUUACUUUAUUAUUUUAUAGUCUGUGUGUGAAUUUUCUUCUUUACUUUUAAAAUGUACAAAGAUUUUUUUCCUCUCUUGACUCUUCUAUUUCAUUUUUUUUUACCUCAAUAUCAUUCACUAGUUUGUUUUUUCGUUUUCCUACUUUUCCAUCACUUUUUUCCCACUGUCUGCAUUUUUACAUCCUUCCCAAUAUUUCACUAAAAUUUACUUAAUAUUUUUCUCAUUUGAUUUCUGAUCAUAUUUUUUUCCCUUCUUCUGCCAUAAAUUGUUUUCCCUUCAUCUCCUCUUUAUGGAUGGAUAUUAAUAUGAUGAUUACCCAAGACAGAGUUUUUUUUCUUCUUCAUAUUCUCCGACUGCCACACAAAAAAGUAACGAAAAAAUUGCAACAAAAAAUACUUCAAACUAAGUAUAGAUAAAAAUCAAAUUGAUAUAUCGUGCUCAGCGCUCUAUUUCACAUGUUUAUGUAACUUGUAAAUAUUUGACAAUUUUUAUAGCUUCAUACAAAAAAAAAGAUGGUUCCCAUAGAAGAAAAAUCGGUGAAUCUAUUUCAUAUUGUUUUCCUCAUUCGAAGAACAAAAAGAAUUACUGAAUCUGGCUUUUUUUCUGCAUUAAAUACAUUUUUUCCGCAUUCACGAGCUUCGCGUCACACAAGUAUUUCACAAAUAGUUCAAGUUCAAAUUCUCUUCUUUACUGCAUGAUCCCAAAAUCUCCACCUUUCUCUAUUCACUAUAAAUUCACUAUUGUUUUCUCCACAUGACUCUAAAAUUUCUCUUUUACUGUCCAUAUUUAUCUAUAAUUCAAUAUUUUUCAUUUCAAAUUUCAAACCUCAAUGAAGACACAGAAAUGUGACUAAUACGAAGAAAAUGUAUGCAAUGUGACAAUUUUCAGCAAAAAGCUUUGACAAAAUUACUUUGAUUCUUCUCUUUUCCUCGAAUGCAGUCAAUUUCACGAUUUUCUUUCACUCUAACCUGUUUACAGUAUUAAUUCUCUCAGAAAAAUAAUAAUUUCCAAUGCAAAAGUAUAAUAAAUCCUCCAUAUUUCAACACAAGUAUUAGCGCAAUGUAAAAUAAAAUUUCUAGAGUUUUCUUCUUUUUUUUAUCAUUGUUAUCCCCUUUUCCAUCCCUCUUCUUUCUGGGUAUCCUUUUUUUUUCCUUCGAACCUUGUCUUUCGUUCCUUAUCCUUUUUCACCCC